UGGACAAUAUGGAAUGGACAAUCACAACUGUUGUCCAGGAGUUUCACCCCAUUGUCAUGAUCAGUGGUUUGAAGUUUGUAUCUGUCAAUUAUUGACACGCUGAUCAUAGCAAAAAGAAAAUACUUCUGCAUUUCCCACUGUGUAAACACAUUGCAAAUAGGCCUCGCUAUAACUCCUGAUGAAGUUGGGUAGCAUAUAUUCAGAGCUUAAAUAGCGAAAUUGAUUAGUCACAGGAAUCAGGACUAAUAAAGCCAAUGCAAUGGCCUGUUUUACAAAAGGUGGGUCUACCAGAUGGAUGGGCAUUCAUAAAAUUCCAUUGUGACAUCGUAGGCUACACUCCAGUAAGCACGAGCCGACAUCUUCUGGACAUCUGUUUUUGGUCUGGUCCAGACGUCGUUUUUUUGGUGUUUUACAAACGGUAGGCUUGCCACAUAGAUAGACAUUCAUAAAAUUCAAUGUCAGGCAACACUGUAGGCUACACCUCAGUAAGCACGGACCAACGCCUUUUGGAGGUCUAUUUUGGCGCAGUUCCGGACCGGCCUUGAUUUCCAGCCACGGACAUUGAUUUUUGGUCCAAACAUAGACGUCUAUAAAUUACUUAUGUUCAACUUUCAUUGAGAACCAAACAUUUGCCUGAUUUCAACACCCGGAAAACAGAUAUUUUCAGCAUCUUUAAAAUACGUAUUUUCAGUGUCUGUAAAAUAUGUAUUUUCAACAUCUGGAAAAUAAGUAUUUUCAACUUUGGUUCAGAACCGAAAAUUAACUUGAUUUCAACAUCCAGAAAAUGUGUUUUUUUUACAUCCGGAAAAUACCUUUUCACCUUCCAUUCAGAACCUAAAUUGAACUUAACUUCAACCUUUGGAAAAUACGUAUUUUAGACGUCUUUUCAACUGAAUUUUGCGGGGCGCAUUUUUGAGGGAGCCGCAUUUUUUGAUUUUGCCUAUGGCGGUAGAACGCCAAGGACCGGCCCUGCUUUCACUCCAAGGUUUUUUUCUACAACCACAAUGCAGUUCAUUAGUCUUAACACCAUAGAUUAAAAUCUAAAAGUAAUUUUUUCCCACAUGUGAUUUCUUACAAUGAUUUUGCUUUGUUUGUUGCAUAUGCUUAAGGUUCCCAUAUGGCUAAAGUUAUCCAAUAUUUGGAUGUGUUCUUAGGAAACCCUCCACUUGAGUUCUUAUGAUGUGGAAUGAUUGAUUGCCUAAAAUCUGUAGGUUAUGCUAUUCAAGUUGAAAUAGGGCUGCUCCGGCUCCUUGUCUGUAACCUACACAUUUCUUAGUGUAAAAAAACUACCCAGGGGGCAUUUCUAGAUGAGCCAAAGUUUUGCAUUUAGGCCUACAGUAGGUUGGACUUUGUUUGUUGCUUAAAUCAAUCAAUUAUACAAUCUUGGGGAAGCUGCUCUGAAAAUAUAGUUUACCAAGCUACCAAUUACUUCACACUGGAAGAAGUUAAGCUACACUAAAGCUAUCCUAAAGAAACAUAUAGUUUACUUCACUAAAGUUACUAUGAAAAAGUACAUCAUUCACUACAUCCAAACUACUUAGCAAAAAAUUGUCAUAUCUAAAUCUGAAAUGUCAUAGACUACAAAUUGCAAGAACAGAUCACUCUGGAGUCAGGUGUUAACAGAAUAUGUAAUUUAGCCUACACAAAAACAAUGUUUCAAGUGAUAAUUAGGCAAGUCUGAUGCCGGAAAAAAUGAAAUUCUUGCCUACACCCGUUUUUAUUUGUGCAAAAACGUAGUUUGGAGUUCGACUAGUUAGCUACAUGUCAAAAAAAGUAAAUAACGACUGAAAACACUACCAAUAUUUGAAUUUAGGUCAACUACCACCAAGCUUCUGCAAAAUGUAGUUUAGUUGAAAACGUGUAGUUGAUUACUUCCCAACACUGAGAAUAUAUAGGCUAAUAUUGAUUCAACAAACCAAUUUAUGUGGUUCGUGAUUGCAACGUGAACUCAUUGUCGCUAGAUGGAGAUACUAGGCAAGACUGUUGCCUUAUGCCUCUGCGCAAUUACGCACACUUGGGUAACCUAACAUCGUUCCAUAAUAUGGCCAUUAAAGAUCUCCUUUUUCACUACAACACAUCUUGUUGAAAUGUAUUCGUUGACAACAGAGAUUUACCUUUCUUGACAGGCAACAUAUUUGUGCACACAAGCCGAAACAUUWUUCAAAAGCUAGCCUGAGACAGAUUUGCUUGUUGUUUUACCCUUGUGGUAGGUUACCUCCAUGAGGAAAUAGACAAAUGGUGUUGGACUGGUAGUGGGGACAAUAUUUUCUGCCAUGUGAUAUAUGUCCGUUUCCUGARUAAUGUCGUCUCUUUACCAUAAAACACAAUUUAUUUCAGCUCUCCUCCCACUUCCCUGUCGCUCUCUGCCUCUAGUUACUCCACUAUUCAUAUAGCAUCACAUAUUUAUAUUUGUUGUGACGCGUAUUCUGCAAGACUGCGCACUGAUGCACAGUAGUUCAACUUUUAACAGCAGGCACAGAGGCGCUCUCUUAUUUUCUGGUGACGGACUAGUGGGAGAUGAGAAGCCUGUUCAUUCGGCAUUGUUUGCUACAGCUCUACGCAAAAGAUACAUGUGGAUAUUUUUUCCAGGUUCGAAUGAAGCUUAGCCUAUAGGCCUAUACAUUUGUGUCAAACAUUUAAGAAGAUCUGAAAACUUUUCGUUUUCCUUUGUUUUGCAGUCUUUUACGCACGCAGUUUCCUACGCAAGUAUCCUAGCGUAGACUAGUUGCAUUAAUACAGGCCAACUAUAUUCAUUCAGAUUUUCUUGGAGUAAAUCAACAAUAUAGGCUACACGGACAAGUAUGUGGGGAAUAACGAGGAGGCGAUAUGCUGAUUGCAAUGGCUCGGAGGCCAGUGAGGAGACCGGGAUUGUCCUGAACAUCGGUGGAGUAAAACAGGUGUUAUGUGGGGAUGUGCUGAACCGUUUUCCGGAGACCCGACUAGCGGAACUGUGGAACACCUCUAAGGGGUGUUUGGAGGACUUAUCCWCGCUUUGUGACGACUAUGACUCAGGGAAAGGUGAAUUUUAUUUUGACAGAGACCCGGACGCGUUUAAGUGUAUAAUUGAGCUGUAUUACUACGGGGAGAUACAUAUUAAACGGGGCAUCUGUCCAAUUUGUUUCGUAAAGGAGAUGGAGUUCUGGAAAAUCGACGUAUAUUUCCUGGACGAUUGCUGUAAAGGCGACCUACAGGAGGCGGAGGACGAGCUUGCAGAGAUUGCCGAGAAGGUUCAAACUAUUCUGGUCGACCGGGAAGGGGACCCCUCUGCCAGGGGCUGGCAAUGUUUCCAAAUGUGCUUGUGGAAGCUUUUGGAGAAGCCGGAGUCGUCGCUGUCCGCGCGCGUCAUCGCCAUAGUGUCUUUCCUCUUCAUCCUCAUCUCCUCGGUGGUGAUGUGCGUAGGCACCAUCCCUGACCUGCAGGUGGAGGACGCUGAGGGCAAUCACAUGGAGCACCCGAUCUUGGAGGCCAUCGAGACCGCGUGUAUCGGCUGGUUCACCGUUGAAUACGUCCUGCGCUUGAUAUCGUCCCCGAAUAAAGUGAAAUUCGUCCUGUCCUUCAUGAACAUCAUAGACUUCAUGGCCAUCAUGCCCUUUUACGUGGUGCUGACUUUGACGUCUCUGGGCACGGCUAUGAUGGAGCUGGCUAAUGUGCAGCAGGCGGUGCAGGCGCUGCGCAUCAUGCGCAUUGCGCGCAUCUUCAAGCUGGCGCGCCACUCCUCUGGGCUGCAGACUCUCACCUCGGCCCUGAAAAGCAGCUUCAGCGAGCUGGGGAUGCUGCUCAUGUACAUGGGCGUGGGCGUCUUCUUGUUCUCGGCAAUGGCCUACACCUUGGAGCAGAGCCACCCGGAGACCAUGUUCACCAGCAUCCCYCAGUCCUUUUGGUGGGCCGUCAUCACCAUGACCACCGUGGGAUAUGGAGACAUCUACCCCAAGACCACGCUGGGUCGGUGCAACGCGGCCGUCAGCUUCCUCUGCGGGGUGAUUGCCAUCGCGCUGCCCAUACACCCUAUCAUAAACAACUUCGUCAUAUUCUACAAUAAGCAGCAGGUGCUCGAGACCGCGGCCAAACACGAGAUCGAACUGAUGGCGCUGCGUUCCAGCGAGGCAGGUGCAGAGGAGAGCGGGCCCCACAUACAGCGCAGAUCCGUCGGUGUCGCGGCCGGAGUGUGGGACAAUGCCAUGCGCUCCUGUCACAGUGACACCUACAUUCCCCUGCUGAAAGACCCUAGAGCAGGAAUACAAACCCCAAGCUUGGACAGAAGCUUUGACAGUUCAUAGCUGAGUAAAAUCACCCCUCUUCACAGCGCACAGCUUUAAUGGACCUACAGUAUAUGCCCCAAAACAUCCAUUGCGAUAUCACAAAAGAUAAUAAAAUCACUAUAAAAAACUUGGUGAACCAUUGUAAAAUGUCUCAAAAUAUAAGUUCAUUAGUGUAAUAAUGUCACUUUUCCAAAAUACAUUAACACAUAAUUUGAAAAAACACAGAAAGAAAAGACAAUACAAGAAAUGGGUGAUGGAACAGUGUAAAUAAUAGAGUAGGAACUUUUACGAUGUGGUUAUUAUAAAUAUAGACUAGUGGUUGGUUCAUGUUUACGCUGGACUAUUGGUGUAGGCCAGGAGUCUCCAACCAGGAGUCUCCAACCUUUUCUAGCAUGAGAGCUACUUUAAAAAAACGAAACGUGGCUAGUUACAGAUUUUUUUCUAGCUUUCAAAUAGGCACAUUCUUCUCUUCUCCUCUCCCCUGCAUGUCUUCCUCGGGUCCUUGAAGAGAAAGUAUUGCACUGUUUUCACUCUCAGUAUACCUGGUAAAUWAUUUUUAAUAAACAACUCUAAGGGGAGCCCUAUAAAAUCUGUGAUUUCUUCCCCAAAGUAUGUUUUAUAUUUUCCUGAAUUAUGUAUUCUCAGUUAGUUUUUUUCUGCUUUUAGAUAUUAUUAUUUUUUGUUCACUCUCAAAAUUACAAUUGUUCAUGGAGAAACAGUGAAAUUGGAUGUUCUGAGUCCAUGUCAAUGCUUAAAUCACAUCAAAAUAUUUUCUUUUUUACGUCUGGAAGAAAACUAACACAUUUCGAUUUUUGAGUGUAUUUCCCCUUUAAUUGCGCAUCUGGCCCUUUAAUUGCUCAUCUGCAAGUGAGGAAUGUGCUGUCUAAUGUGCUGGUCUAGUGAUGGUUCUGUACCUCUACUGCUCAUUUCAUGGCAAAUUUAAUGUCAAUGUUGCUUUGAUUGCGUAGUAGCUGGGAGCUUACGGUGUCUGAUAAUUGUGAGAUUUAUUUAUGACAAUUUGCGGUGGAACACUUCAACAUUGCAUGUACUUUCAGAAUUGUUUGGUGAGCUGCUCAUAGGUGGGCUGCGCGCUAUUGGUAGCUCAAGGUCGACCUGUUGGAUACCCUUGGUGUAGGCCUAUAGCCGAGGCUACUUGACAGUCAUCUCAUGUGUGAUUGUAUAAGGUCUAAGUGCUGCAAGAACAGUACUCUGUCACUCCUCCUCUUUACAACCUUGGACUGACAGUCAUAUUGACCUAAUCACCGGUGUAUUGAUAAGCGGGUCGACGUGGUGCUGAACAGCGCCAUGUGCGACGCAGUCCACUGCAUAUGCAUAACAUUAUACAGUGCGUCUAAUUUUCCUCUGUAAAAAAAGUAUAUUAAAAGUGAUUUAACUAUGAAUGUCUAUUCUCUAUUGCAUUUUUUUCUGUAGGCACUAGAUGCUCCUAUAUCUACAGAUAUACAUGUAUAUAUCCCACUGGGCACAGACGUCAGUUCACCAUCUAGUUUUGAUUUAUAUUUGGUUGACAUUUCAUUGAACUCCUCACAUUGCAUUUUGGGGAUGAAAUGACUUGGAAACCAUGUUGAGUCAACACAUGUUUGCUCAGUGGGAAGUUAUAAUGUGUAGCCUAAUAAAAUGAGAUACAGUAUCAGCAGACUUGUCAGCUGUGACUCUGUAUUCAUCUAACUAAAGUCAUCAUACCUCAAAGAAAAGAGCAUGCAGGGUAUCCCACCAUUUCAUCUGCAUUGGUUUGCAAGCAGGCUUUGGUACAACUUUACCCAUUCAGUUGAAGUUUAUGUUUAGUUCAUUAAAUCUUCUCACGUUCAGUUUUCCUGUAAAUUCUUCAUUCAUUUCAGCCUGAGAUACUUACAGGCAAACACUGUCUUUAUACAGUAUGUGUCUAUUUAAAGUGGGGUGAGGUCGACCUUCCAAUGCCAGAUAGAGAACAUUCCUUGGCUCUAGGACAUUUCAGUAAUGGGUUUAAAUUUUGCAGCAGCCCCCGAAGCCUCCCCUGAGGGUGUAGGGUAUAUGUGGCAUCAGGGGUGCAACUUUCACUGGGGACGGAGGGGACAUGUCCCCCCCACAUUCUGAAAUUGCAUUUUUGUCCC